CGUGCUCCGCAUCCACACCAAGAUCCUCCGACUUAUUCCCCACAUGUCCCCGCAGCUUUCACCGGAUUUAAUGACAUAAUUAAGCUUGUCUCCCCUCAAAAACACGGCACCACAUCGCGUCUGACUGACAGCUGAUCGGCGCUUUUACGGGUAUUGUGCGUCUCCUCCUACGUCUCCUCACCCUCUCACACACUCUUGCCAUGCAGGAGGUGUAACCCUCCUUACUCUUCUUCCUUGUGCUCCAUUGGAGGACACCUAAAAUAAAAUAAAAAGAACCUGUAACCAGUCAAGAUGUCAGACCCUGAUGCUUCCUCGACGGCAGACCGCGCACUGCCACUCACCUCCCCCCGAACCCCCCUGCAGCUCUCCUUCCCCUUCCUGAGGGAGGGCAGUCGGGUUUGGGAGAGGGAGAGGAAACCGCCGCAGCCUGGAGAGCUGCCCAGCCCAUUGCCCACCAAGCGCACCCGCACAUACUCAGCGACAGUGCGAGCCAAGUCAGGUCCGGUAUUUAAAGGGGUGUGUAAAAACUUCUCCAGGUCUCAGGGUCACGGAUUCAUACGCCCCUCCCGCGGGGGAGAGGACAUCUUCGUCCACAUUUCUGACAUUGAUGGAGAGUAUGUGCCUAUGGAAGGGGACGAGGUCACGUACAAGGUGUGCCCCAUCCCCCCCAAGAACCAGAAGAUCCAGGCUGUCGAGGUGGUGCUCACUCACCUGAAUCCAGUCACCAAGCACGAGACCUGGUCAGGUCAGAUCAUUAGCUCCUAGACCAACCGCUCCAGGCUGCAAGGCUGCGAAGGAAAAGGAGGAUUUGGAUUUAGUUCUAGGU